UUCCAAGUAUUGAAUUGGUCCGACUCUGAACUACUCCCGACUCUUUAGUGUACACUGCACACCGACACAUCUUUCUCUCUGUGUAGAAGCAACAUUUGUGAUUUUCUCCUCAUUAAUUCAUUACAAUGUCAAACUCUUUUGUUCCUUAUAUUCGUAAAUCAUAUUACAUGAAUAUGUAAUCAUCUGCAUCAUUUUGUAUAUGUUACAUUGUCUUAUACAAACACACGAACAUUAAUUUACAUACAUAUAUGAAUGAUUACUAGUGCAUCAUCCGUAAUUGGGUUGUUGUAGUGCACAUGCAGCCAUGAACUCAUACAUAUAUAGUAGGUGUGUUAUGUAAUAUGUACCAUGUAUGCAUGUGUCUAUACAUGAUUAAUUGUUUCUAUAAAUAUGGACACACAUAGAUACUAGCUUUCUAAAACAGUACAAAUUCCACUGAAUGUUAAUACUCAAGAAGAAAGUGGAGAGAGAUCAUAUAACGAUGAAGAAUCUCUUUAACUUGUUCCUUAUUAUGCUUCUCGUUUCUAUGCCAAUUCUCUCACUCGCUGCCAACUUCAGCGAGACUUGUGAAGACGGAAGUGGAGAACCCGGUUCAGGUUUCGGUAUAGGGUUCGGCAUAGUUCUAGAAUUCGGGUUAUACCGGAAUAGCUGCCCUGAAGCCGAGUCUAUCGUCUACUCAUGGGUCGAAACCGCGGUUUUACAGGAUCCAAGAAUGGCUGCUUCUCUUCUUCGUCUUCAUUUCCACGACUGUUUUGUCAAUGGAUGUGAUGCUUCGGUCUUGUUGGAUGACACAGAAGGAUUGGUCGGUGAAAAAACUGCACCUCCGAACCUCAAUUCUCUACGAGGAUUCGAAGUGAUAGAUUCGAUAAAGGCUGAUCUUGAAAGUGUAUGUCCAGAGACUGUCUCAUGCGCAGACAUUCUUGCCAUGGCUGCUAGAGAUUCAGUCGUUGUGUCGGGUGGACCAAACUGGGACGUCGAAGUAGGAAGAAUAGACGGUCGAACCGCGAGUAAACAAGCAGCAACGACUAGCUUACCAUCACCAAACUCAACCGUACCAACUCUCAUCUCUAUCUUUCAGAAACUCGGUCUUUCGCAAACCGACAUGGUCGCUCUUUCCGGUGGGCAUACACUGGGAAAGGCAAAGUGCACUUCAUUUACAGCUCGGUUACAACCACUACAAACUGGACAACCAGCUAACCACGGAGACAACCUUGAGUUCCUUGAGUCACUACAACAACUGUGCUCGACAGUGGACACUUCUGUAGCAAUCACUCAGCUUGACUUGGUGACACCGUCAACAUUUGACAACCAGUACUAUGUUAACCUUCUCUCGGGUGAGGGAUUGCUUCCAUCAGACCAAGCUUUGGCGGUUCAGGACCCAGGAACAAGGGAGAUUGUUGAGACCUAUGCAGCCGACCAGUCAGUAUUUUUCGAAGAUUUUAAGAAUGCUAUGGUUAAGAUGGGAGGGAUAACCGGUGGUAGUGAGGGGGAGGUUAGAAAGAAUUGUAGAGCCAUUAACUAAAAUAAAAGGAUAUAACCAAUUAUGUUCAUGAUCAGACUUGAUGACAUCUUAUAUAUAUAAAUUAAAGAAGUCUGCAUAGGACUUUGGUUUAUAUAAGAAUCUGGAAGAAAUGAACACAGAUAAACAGUUAAAUCUAUACAUUUGUUUGUCCUUGAUGAAAGUAUAUAUGCAUACACUGAGAAGUGGGUGAGUCAAAGAUAAAAACAACAAAAUUACAUAAACAUAGACAUUGACUUGACGAAUUUGGUGGAACAAAAGAAUUUGAUGUUGCAAGUUGCAAGUUGCAACAUAAAAAACAUGUUGACAUUUUGACAUGGCACUAAACAUAAAACAUUAAAUAACGUGAUAUAGGUA